AGAGGAAGUUCAAGAAAACUGCGUUCGCUGGAGGAAGAGGUUUACGUUCGUGUCCAAGAUGAGCGCUAACCCCCACACCGGAGUCCUGGAUCCAUCCAUCUGCAGGGUGUCGGUCCGGAAGGAACUCAAAGGAGGAAAAGCAUAUACGAAGCUGGGCUUCACGGACCUCAACAUGGCAGAGUUUGCUGGUUCUGGCUCCACCGUGCGUUGCUGCCUGCUGGAAGGAUACGACACGAAGAACACGCGGCAGGACAACUCCAUACUGAAGGUGAUCAUCGGAAUGACUCUUCUCUCUGGAGAUCCGUGUUUUAAAACCCCUCCAAGUACAGCAAAGUCCAUCUCCAUCCCAGGACAGGAACACACCCUGCAGCUGGACUGUAAGGGGGAGGGAACGACCGAAGGAACCGGGCCAGCUGGAGGGGUUUCUCUGGGCCGAGUCCCGAAGCCUCGGACCUCCAUCAUCGGCUCAGGUCUGCUGGAGGAACCGGAGGCGUAUCAGAACCAGUCCAGUCCCUCAGAAGCCUUCCAGUCUGGACACUCUCGUAACUCCAGCUACGCCAGCCAGCACAGCAAAAUCUCAGGCUACAGCACCGAGCACUCCUGCUCCUCCAGCCUGUCGGACCUCACCCAUCGCAGGAACACCUCCACAGGAAGCAGCACCUCCGGGGGCCUGUGCUUCACUGUCGACACUCCCCCGGAGGGCGACAAGGACGCUGGACGUCCAGAAAGACCCCCUCGACCCCCACGGCCCGUGCUGCCACCAAGCAGGCCUCUCCGGAGGAAGCAGGACUCUGUGGAGAGUCACCCCUCCUGGGUAAACGACACUCGCAUCGACGCCGACGACAUCGUGGAGAAAAUCGUCCAGAGUCAAAACUUUUCGGACAUCAGCAACACCGAAGACAGUAAUCUUCGGCUGUUCGUCAGCAGAGAUGGAACCACUGCGCUCAGUGGCAUCAGGCUGGGGAACAGGGUUUCUGCCGGCGGCUACGAGCCAGUCGUCAUCGAGAGCCACUAA